AUGAGACAGGACGAUGUGCCAUGUUGCGAACCCAUGUUUUGGGUGUACUUGACCACAUGUUUGGGCCUUGUGUCGUUUGCAGGUCUCACAUCAGGCCUUGCUCUAGGACUCCUGUCCUUUACCCAGGUUGAUCUAGAGGUCCUCAUCAAGGCUGGCCAGCCCCAAGACCGGGACAAUGCAGCAAAGAUUCUGCCUAUUGUUAAGAAGGAGCAUUUACUCUUGUGUACACUCCUCAUAAGUAAAACACUGGCAAUGGAAGCACUGCCUAUUUUCCUGGAUAGGAUUCUUCCAUCUUGGGGUGCCAUUCUUAUGUCAGUCAUCCUUGUUCUAGCUUUUGGCGAGAUCCUCCCUCAAGCUGCGUGCGCACGGUAUGGACUAAGUUUUGGUGCAAAACUGUCCAUCCUCGUAAGGUUUCUUCUGUUGGUACUCUUUCCCAUAGCACAUCCAAUUAGUAAGUUGUUGGAUUGGCUCCUUGGGAAAGGCCAUUCAGUGCUCUUAAGACGAGCAGAGCUGAAGACACUGGUGGACUUGCAUGGAAAGGAGUCAGGAAGAGGUGGAGAAUUGACACAUGAAGAAAUUGCUAUCAUCUGUGGUGCUUUGGAUUUGACACAAAAGACCGCCAAAGAUGCAAUGACACCCAUAUCCAAAACCUUUUCCCUUGAUGUAAAUUCUAAACUCAACAGGCAGACAAUGGGAUUAAUUAUGAGCAAAGGUCACAGUCGAAUACCUAUCUACUUUGGAAGUCAAACAAAUAUAGUUGGUCUCAUUUUGGUAAAAAAUCUGAUCUUCUGCCACCCUGAAGAUGAAACGCCAAUUAGAAAUUUGACCAUCAGAAGAAUUCCUAGGGUUCAUGAUAAUUGGCCAUUGUAUGAUAUACUGAACCAAUUCCAGAAGGGUCACAGCCACAUGGCCGUAGUUGUGAAAUGUAAGAAGGAUGUCGAGGAAGAUGCAGAAAAUGCCGAAGGCAAUCUGAGCAUGUUGGAGAUCAAAGUUGAUCCAGAUUCAAAUUCGGCAAAAACAAAGAAGGAAGGUCAGGGUUCUCCCCAGUUAAACUGCAAGCAAGGGAAUGAAAAUUUCUCGUUCAAGGAUUCAGAAUUGUUUGCAAGCGGAUUAGACAGCACAGAGGUCACUGGUAUCAUAACAAUGGAGGAUGUACUAGAGGAGCUGCUCCAGGGGCAAAUAUUGGAUGAAACUGAUGCAUGCACUGAUAUUCAUAACAAAAUUAGAAUGACACUGCUAUCUUCAAGAAGAUCAUCUCCAAUAUCUUCUGCAGGAGCUCCGGUUUCUCCACAUAUCUGGAGGACCCCAGAGCAAUCACCAGUACUUCAUUCAUAUAGUCCUGUAGUACUUCGUUCACCCAUUUCUCCAUAUAUUCUGCCACCACUUAUACGACCAACUCUAUUAGCUUCACCAGGAAUGUCGGCACCGAAUUCUCCUGCAGUUGGAUCCAUCGGCCCUGUUCGCAACUCUCCAUCUUCCAACCGGGUCUCAAGAAAGUCAUAUGAGAAGCUUCGACAGCCUAAUGGUUCAUAA